GCUGAGGAGCAGAGACUGGCGGAGGAGCAGAGGCUCGCAGAGGAGGCAAGAAUCGCUGAGGAGCAGAGACUGGCGGAGGAGCAGAGACUCGCAGAGGAGCAGAGACUCGCCGACGAGAAGCUCGCAGCAGAGAAGCUUGCAGAAGAGAGGAUUGUGGAGAGCACUCAGGUGGCAGAUGAUGCAUUUGACAGAAAGGAACGCCGGUCGCCGUUUCCCGAUCUGGAGAGUCCCAUACUAGGCGCUUCGCAUGUUGAACAAUCCGUGGGCGUCGCUACUGCUAGUACUAGUAGUGGUUGGCCACUUCCUAACACCGAGGCCGAUUCCCAUAAUGCCUCUGUGUCCGAGUCCCACGCAGGCGCAACCCAGCCUGUUUCGCCAUUAUCUAUAAGAAUCAAAAGAGUUACGCCGCCAUUGGUCGAUCGACAAUCUCUGCCGACGCCCAAUGACCGGAGCGUCGAGCCUCCAACACCACCAAUCCAGGGUUCUCCUCGCUCCGAAGAUAGCAAGAGUACUGGUCUUGUCGCCAGCUUGCGCAGCUCUCUCCUCGGAAAGCCCCCCUUGCCUCCGAAAACCGCACCGUUGCCAUCCACCCCUACGAGGAACGUCCCGACUCACUUUUCGUCACCUUCCCCGUCGCCUUUGAGAACCAGUUUUAAGGAGAACCUGGGCUCAGCACCACCCGCACCGUACCAAAAGCCCGCAUCCUACUUUGCUUCUGUAGGGAUCAAAGGCGCUUCUUCUAGAGACAAAGCUUUGCCUUCGCCCCCGGUUCCUCCCAAGGGUUCUCGAGCCUCCGUCGAUCGAUUCUCCUCGCCACGGUCAUCAGCUUCGCUUGUUCCUUUGGCUGACGAAUCAUGGGAAGCGAUUUCCACUUUCUUCAGGCCGUUGCCUAAAUCAAGCGAUCGCGUGAAUGUCGAUGCUCAGGUGCUGUUGGGCAAAGGCGGCGACGAAACGAAAAUCCGAACCCUCAAACGCCAAAUAUGGGAGAUCACAGGUGAUGGAAAGAAGCAAGAUCUUCCCGUCAAUCAAGAGUAUAUUCUGUACGAGGGAAGCAUGUACUUGUGCGUGCAUAUGUUUGAGGCGGACGGCAAUGUGCGUUCUGAGAUCCACCUCUGGUGUGGUGACGACGUUCCCGAUGCGGCUGUCGACGAUGCUCAGCCCUUCUCUCGACGAAUGGCGAAAGAAAACGGAUGCAAGCUCGAGAUUAUCAAGCAAGGCAAGGAGCCAGCGCGGUUCAUUCAGGCUCUAGGUGGCAUUCUCAUCACGCGUCGUGGUUCUAGCUCACGAUCCAGUUCCUCCGCUAUUUUCAUGCUCUGCGGACGGAAGCACCUAGGACAGAUGGUUUUUGACGAAGUGAACUUCUCGCCUAGCAGCCUUUGCUCCGGCUAUCCUUUUGUGAUCUCCGCUAUGUUCGGCAAGUUGUUUCUCUGGAAAGGACUCGGCAGCUCGGCAGAAGAAAUUGGUGCGGCUCGCUUGAUUGGGAUGGAUCUUGGCCUUACGGGUGAAUUCGAGGAAGUAGGUGAAGGAGAAGAGCCCGAGAGCUUCUUUGAAGUCUUCCCGCAGUACGAAAGGACAGCAGAUGAGAAGGGCGCCAAUGACUGGCAACUGAAGCCCAAGCUUGACCGGUAUCGCACGCGACUACUUCGUGUGGACCAUGAGCUUGGCCAGCAGCGGGCUGGGUUCUGGAUGCGUCGAGCCGGUUCUCCCUCCCCAAUCACUCGUCCAAACGAUACCGUGCAAGAGGUGGAUCCCUUUUGUCAGAAGGACAUUGAUGCCAGAGGAAUCUACGUCCUUGAUACCUACUUUGAGAUCUAUGUGAUUGUGGGUGAACAAGCCUCCGCCCGCGCUGCCGAAUUCGCUUCAGCGGUCUAUUUUGCGCAUGAAUACAGCAUCCUAGCGGCCUCUUUCCAAGAUCGGCCAUUCAUCCCGAAGACCUUCGUCUCCCUCGGCGGAGUUCCUGAGAGCUGUAGCAGUGUAUUCCGCAAGUGGAACACGAGCUCGUGGCAAAGUAUUCCGCAAGUGCUCCCUCUGAACGCGGCAAUUGAGGCGAUUCGCAACCCCUAG